AGGGCUCAGCCGAGAGCCAGCCGGGCCGGCCGCCGCGCGCGAGCGAGCGAGCGAGCAGCCCCCCGUCCCGGGACGCGGCGAGCGCAGGGACCCCCGGGAGCGGAUCGGCGGCGGUGGCCCAGGCCGGGGGCGCGGGCGAGGCGGAGGAUGCGCGGCUGAGCGCCCGGGGCCGGAAAGAGAGAGGGAGAGAGAGAGGGAGAGAGAGAGAGAGAGACGGAGCGAGGAGCGCGGGAGGAGGGAGAGGGGCGCUCGGCCGGGCGCGGGGCGGGGCGGGGCGCCGCUGGGGGGUGCCCGGGCGGCCGCGGGGAGCCGCGGGAGCGCACGGUUAAAGCGCGCGCCCUGGGCGGACGCACCGACUCUGCAGCCUCCACGCACCCGCCCCCCUCCAAAAAAAAUUAAUAAUAACAAUAAUAAAAUAAAACCAAAGCCACCCAGCGAGGAAGGCGGCCACCCGCGCUCCUCGAGCCUCCGGAGCCGAGUCCCGCGCCGCCGCCGCCGCCGCCCCCCGGAGCCGAGCGAUGAAGUCUUACACGCCGUACUUCAUGCUCCUGUGGAGUGCCGUGGGCAUCGCCAAGGCUGCCAAAAUCAUCGUGGUCCCGCCAAUCAUGUUCGAGAGCCACAUGUACAUUUUCAAGACGCUGGCCUCGGCCCUGCAUGAGCGCGGCCACCACACGGUGUUCCUGCUGUCGGAGGGCCGCGACAUCGCGCCGUCCCGGCACUACAGCCUGCACCGCUACCCCGGCCUCUUCAACACCACCACCUCGGACGCCUUCCUGCAGUCCAAAAUGCGGAAUAUCUUCUCGGGCAGGUUGACGGCCAUCGAGCUCUUCGACAUCCUGGACCACUACACGCAGAACUGCGACAUGAUGGUGGGCAACCGGGCGCUCAUCCGGGGCCUGAAGAAGGAGAAGUUCGACCUGCUGCUGGUGGACCCCAACGACAUGUGCGGGUUCGUGAUCGCGCACCUGCUGGGGGUGAAGUACGCCGUGUUCUCCACCGGCCUCUGGUACCCGGCCGAAGUGGGCGCUCCCGCCCCGCUCGCCUACGUGCCCGAGUUCAACUCCCUCCUCACCGACCGCAUGAACCUGCUGCAGCGGAUGAAGAACACGGGCGUCUACCUCAUCUCCAGGCUGGGCGUCAGCUUCCUGGUCCUCCCCAAGUACGAGAGGAUCAUGCAGAAGUACAACCUGCAGCCCGAGAGGUCCAUGUACGAGCUGGUCCACGGCUCCAGCCUCUGGAUGCUGUGCACAGACGUGGCGCUCGAGUUCCCCAGACCCACGCUGCCCAACGUGGUGUACGUCGGGGGCAUCCUCACCAAGCCGGCCCGCCCACUCCCAGAAGAUCUCGAAAGGUGGGUCAAUGGUGCUAACGAACACGGCUUCGUCCUGGUGUCCUUCGGAGCUGGAGUCAAGUAUCUGUCAGAAGACAUCGCUGUCAAACUGGCGGGCGCGCUGGGGAGGUUGCCCCAGAAAGUGAUCUGGAGGUACUCUGGAACCAAACCAAAGAAUCUAGGAAACAACACGAAGCUCAUUGAAUGGCUACCGCAAAACGACCUGCUGGGGCACUCAAAUAUUAGGGCCUUCCUGAGCCACGGGGGUCUGAACAGUAUCUUUGAAACCAUGUACCAUGGUGUGCCCGUGGUGGGCAUCCCGCUCUUCGGAGACCACUAUGACACCAUGACGCGGGUGCAGGCCAAGGGCAUGGGGAUCUUGCUGGAGUGGAAAACCGUCACCGAGGGUGAGCUCUACGAAGCGCUGGUGAAUGUCAUCAACAACCCCAGCUACCGUCAGAGAGCCCAGAAGCUGUCCGAAAUCCACAAGGACCAGCCCGGUCAUCCGGUCAACCGCACCGUCUACUGGAUCGAUUACAUCCUCCGCCAUGACGGGGCCCGUCACUUACGUGCCGCUGUCCAUCAGAUUUCUUUCUGUCAGUAUUUUUUACUGGACAUUGCCUUGGUGCUUUUGCUGGGUGCUGCUUUGUUCUAUUUCCUCUUGUCCUGGGUGACAAAACGCAUCUUCAGGAAAGUCAAGAGUCUGUGGUCGGGUAAGAGGCAAAGCACCGUUAAUGGACAUUACCAUAAUGGGAUCCUCAAUGGCAAGUACAAAAGAAAUGGCCACAUUAAACAUGAGAAGAAGGUGAAAUGAGAGCAGCCUCCCCAGGGAGUCACACACCUGUUCAGCCACUGAAGUUUUGUCGCUCUAAUUUAGUCUAACAACUACUAAAAGUCAGAUGUCAGUAAAUCAUUCUAACACUCCCUCCUAAGACCGCACUCAUGAAAUUCUGUGGAAUUAAGAUGGCCGUACAAAGCACAAAUCUAAACACACGCAAACCUGCAUUUUAUUUGAAUAUCGAUGCAGAAAGUUUGGGCACUGAACCUUUUAGAAGCCUUAAUUAUUUAAAUUGAUUAAGUGACCAUGUCAGACCGUAGUUUGAGCUCUUGCUAUAUGUGUGUCCCAGAUAAGGAAUGAUUUCUCGUUAAAGAGUGUCUGAGUGCAUGUGUGAAUGUGAGUGUGAAUGUUUAUAUGUGUGUGUGUGUGUGUGUGUGUGUGUGUGUGUCUUUCCUAACUACUUUUAGCUGGCUGCUUUGUUCAUUUGUUGGAGGCACAGCCCGUUCAAGAAUGACUGAGAGGAAGCUAGUUAGACUCCCGUGCCCAACUGUAUCUCUUCUAGAAUUUAAUCUGUGUGAACUCAGAACAUUUCCCACACCCUUCCUUCAAAGCUGAAUGCAGAGGAGGAAAAUGAAAGAAUGAGCGGCACCUGCUUUGUUUUGCUCCUUUUUUUUUAAAUUUUAAAUUUCUGUGUCUUUUCCGUUUCUUAUAGACUGGAUUCUUGGGGGGAGGAAUUAAGGCAGUGUAAUUAAGGCAACGUAUGAAGUGGUCGUCACUGUCACAUUUAACUUAUGUCUCCUGCCCCCCAUUAGUAUUUACCUCUGGAAGAAUUUCGCAGUGUCGUCUAUUUUAUUUUCCUGAGUCACAUUAUGUUAAAUGCAUAAUUGAACUUUCCUUCAAAAUACUGAUGAUGAGUGCUGAAUUGGCAUUUUUAAACUGGGCCCGUACCCAAAAACAAUUUUUCUCUUAGUAGCCAUUUGGUUAGCAUUCCUAUGCCGUCAUUUUCAAGUACGUUACUUCUUCCAAAGUUAGAAAAAAGCUCAUCUUCCUCCCUUUAUGUUCUCUGGGUCACACUAAUCUGUGUUACAGAGGUGCCAACUCGUAAUUCUUUGGGACGGGUCCUUUGCUAGCCCCUGGUCUUCGAGGUUUGCGACCUCAGGAACCAGUCACACUCGCCACGCGCUACUAAAGCAACGCACAGGUGGCACGACUUGGGUGUGUGAACAUGAGUUUCGGGGUCCCCUUCCCUUCUCCCCGCCCGCCUCCGCCCACUUCAGAAGCCUUUUCCAGCCUGGGACAGCAACCGUCUUCAUCGGAGGAGGGCCAGGGUGCAAGUCACGGAUGCAAAAGCAAAAUCAGGGCCUCGACCGCACCGUUCCCGCGUUGGCAACCCCUGAGUUUAUUCCACGUCAUUCUGUUUACCGAGCAUUUGCACUACACGGGCUGAGUGUGCGCUUUAUUUAUUUGUCCUCUGGAAAUCCCAUGUCUGACAGCAGAGCGUAGGAAACGGACACUUCCCUCAUGGCAUUCCCUAACCUGGGCAGAGUUGUGAAGAUUCUAGAAUGCUGUAAAUCCUUCAUCAUACACCAUGACGUGCAUUUUUCAGGACACUCCCGCCAGGAGCCGCGCGCAGCCCUAGGUGCAAUGUCACGCGUCGUUUUCCAAUGUGCAGGGCUGGCAGCGUGCCGCUCUCUGAAUACUUGAAGAAACGGUAUUCCUCACAGAAGCCUCUCGGUUAUACCUUUUCACAAUCUUCUCGCGCCAUUGCCGUUACAAGGGAAGCAAAAGCCACAGGCAAUGAAUGGUGGGAGGGUGACUGGACUUGGAGUGUAUGGAUGAACAUGAUUUUACUUUAUUUUGGAAUUGGAUGACGUGAACUAGAGGCACUGACUGGAUGAUUAAGCCUGAGCUAAUCUCCACUGUGAUACAAACUUAAAACAAUAAACGUGAUUUCAAAAUAGAGAAGUGUUGUUGGAAUAAAGUUUUUACUCAGA